GAGGAGAGGAACCGUUAACUCUCUCAAGUCUCGAACUGACAGGAUUUCAUCAUGGUUACCACAUUUACUUCAUUAAAAACGGCUGUCGGUGUAGUGUUACGUUAAGUGUGCGGUUUUCCGCCUCUUUAGAUGUGUUUGCGGUGAAGGAGUCGUUAAUAAUGUUCCGUUUGUUCUCCUCGGAGCGCGGGAGACAGAAGCAGCGGCUCGAGCUCAGUCUGGCGGGAAUCUGCGAGCUCGAGCUGCUCAAGCGCAGGCACGAGGCGUUGGUCAUCAGCGCGCUCGCGCUACACGCACCCGAACCGAACCCGAGGUGCCAGAACCCGAACCCGAGGUGCCCGCCGCCGGAGGGCGUGUGGAGUUUGAUGAAGCUCCUGCAGCAUCAGGUCGGAGAGCUAAAGAUGGACGCGGCCGAGGCUCUCGCUGAAACGUCACACACUCACCCCGGCUCAGGCUCCUCUGAACACACUGAGGGUCCUUGUCCUCUCGGCCCCGUCCGGCUCUCUGAGAGACACGAGUCUGUUGCAGCCUCUCCUGCGCUGGAGGGCGUGAGUGAAGACGAGCCGUGGGUCUGGCCCGAGGAAGAGCCCAGCGCCGAGGACUACAGGCAGGCUCAGCGCGUCGAGACGUACAUCAUCGGGCUGAUCCAGCGCCGCUCGCCUCAUGCUAGGCCCAGCAAACCUCCGCGCACUAGCACGGGUCCCGAGGCCAGAGUGAUCCGGCAGAGUAGCGUUAGCCGGGCCGGGAUUCGCUCCACGUCUCUGGAUUUUCCCAGCAGCAGCGAAGCGGAAUCACCACAGCGUGCCUACACACACACACACUCCUCCGACGAGCUGGUGAACGCGCAGUACAUCCCAGCGCAGCCGUGCCGCGCUCUAGCGCACAAACCCGAGAGGAAGCCGAAGAAGUGCCGUUUCACGGAGGACAAGAUCGCCGCGAAGAAGCCCGGACGAAAAACCUGCCGCGCGCAAUCCGAGAACAACCUAGAGCGCAAGUACAACACGGCGGAGAGGAACGUCACGGCUAAAAUACGCCGCGGAUCCGCUCACCGGCGCUGGCGCUCCACGCUAGAACUGAGUCAGGACGAAGCCGAGCAGCCAAUCAGACGCUCCCGUAAGCCCCGUGUGUACCGAGUCGAGUCCGAGUCGAGUCUGAGCGAGGCCGAGUCGCGCGGCUCCAGCUCGCGGUCCAGCGACUCAGACGGGAGCAGCGGAUUGGUCUGGCCACAGCAGCUGGCGCCGCCCACGCAGCCUGGAAACAGCAGCGGAUUGGUCUGGCCACAGCAGCUGGCUCCGCCCCCUCUGCUGGCUCCGCCCACUCCGCCUGGAAACGCCCUGCAGCCCAAAGCCUUCGUGAAGAUCAAGGCGUCGCACGCGCUCAAGAAGAAGAUCCUGAGGUUCAGAACUGGGUCCCUUAAAGUCAUGACCACCGUAUGAGACACACACACACACACACACGUUUACUUGGCUAUCUCAAUGGGGGCUCUCCAUAGACGUAAUGGUUUUUAUACCAUCCAAACUGUUUAUUCUCCUUACACUAACCUGACUCCUACACAUACCCCUCACACACACACACACAUUUGUUUGGACCUCCAUAGACGUAAUGGUUUGAUACCGUCCAAACUGUAUAUUCUGUCCCCUUACCCCUCUUUCUGUCAUUUUUAUUCGUUUCUUGAAUCCAUACAUUUCCUGGAGAAGCGACAUGUGACACACUUGUUCUUCCGGAUAAACCCUUCGAGAAGCAUCAUGUCACAAGGAGGUCCUAAUGCACAAAAAUGGACAAACACAAGACAACACAAUAACUACAGUAAUCCCCUCAUUCAAAACAACAAACACACCACUAGGGCUGUGCGGUAUAGCUAAAACAUUAUCACGAUAUAAUGUUUCAUUUAGUUCGGUA